CAGGCGACUGGCAGCGAACAGGGGAAGAAUGCAGCUCGAUCGCAGUUUGAGCUGUCAACCCAGCCCACCAUAGUUAACACCCAAUUUGGUCACAUUAUCGGAGGUGGCCUACCACAUCUAGUAGCAUGCAAUAAGAUGCCUCCAGUUCAACUGCCUAUGGCUGCUGUGUCUACCUGCGCGUCACUGACUGUAAAGGUAAAACUAUAAUGCAUUUGCUCUGCUCUAAGUCCCGAAUCAAUUCGAUUAGCAAGAGUAAUACCGUCCCGAGACUUGAACUGGAAGCUGCAUUACUCCUAUCAAAGCUUGUUGCACGGGUGUAUCGCACUCUUAAAGUAAAACUUAACAUCAAUAAUGUUUACCUGUUCGCUGACUCACAAAUUUGUCUUGCUUGGCUAAACACACAAUUGACAAGACUGCAAGCUUACGUAGCCAACCGAGUCAAGAUAAUAAAGGAGCUAACAGGUGAGUUCGUCUGGCUUUACGUGAACACCAAAGACAAUCCGAGUGAUCUUAUCAGUCGCGGUGUCAGUCCGCAAGAUCUUGCAGCAUGUAAAAUGUGGUUUUUUGGACCUGAGUUUUUGCAUGACAGUGAGUAUACAUUUAAGUGUAUUUUAAAUAUACCAAACGACCUGCCUGAAGUUAAACCUGCACCAAUGCUUGCCAGUCAUGUGACUUCUGCUGAGAAAAGUGUGCCGGACAACAUCUUCGAGAGAUUGCGCAAGUAUUCUAGCAUCCACAAAAUGACUAGGGUUCUGGCAUAUGUUUUGAGAUUUUGUAAUAAUAUUAAAACUGAAAAGCCAAGGCUUCAUACAGAUUUCUUGUCAAGCAACGAACUACAUCAAGCUCUUAUGCUUAUAAUUAAAUAUGAGCAAUCUAACCAAUUUAAGGAUGAGAUACAUUCAUUACAUAAAGGCCAAUCUGUGAAAGGAAAGUUAAUCUCAUUGAAUCCAUUUAUUGACAAAACAGGGCUGCUGCGAGUUGGUGGCAGAUUACAUCACUCUAACAUUCCAUAUUUACAAAAACACCCAAUCAUUCUACCAAAGAACUCUAUAAUAACUAAACUUAUCAUAACUAGUGAGCAUUUGAAAUUAUUGCAUAAAGGUCCUACACUGGUGCUUACCAAUUUGAGUCAGCGAUACUGGAUCAUAAAUGGAUUGAAUGAAGUGAAAAAGAUCACUCAAAAAUGUAUAACCUGUUUUAAGCAAAAGGCUAUAGCUGCCAAACAACUGAUGGGUUCCUUGCCGGCCGAGAGGGUAACUGCAACCACUCGUGCAUUUAUUAAGGUAGGAAUGGAUUUUGCGGGACCAAUCAAUGUUAAAUUAUCACGGUCCCAGAUGUCCCGGCCACGGUAUCCAGAUGUGCCCUCCGGGCAAUAG